AUGAAUUCCAGGACAUUGCAUCCUAGAAAAAAUCAAUUUAAAUCCGCAGCCAGUAGAUGUAAUCAUUCAUUCUGUAUAUCCGGUGACGCUCUACAAUGUGUCCUUGAUUCGACCUACGCUGGCCUGUUCCUCCAAAUCUCAACACCGCUGAAUCGCUUUGUCAGUCCGCUAUUCCCAGAAUCCCAACAAAUUGGUCAACGAACUUUGUUGUCAACUGUUCAUUCGUCAUGGGGUGCUCCAAGCAAGAUACUUCUCAAUGCUGGUCCCUUCCUUCACUUUCAUGACAAGAUGACACUCAUCGGUUCGCAUCCUCUCGUCAGGAACUGUCCUGAAUCGAGCUGUCAAUCGUCAGACCGUCUAUCAUAUACCACAUCAUCCUCGAACCGCGCCGCCGCAUCCUUCCCUAACAACAAACCAACCGCACCGCCAUGA